AUGCUGAAAUCAGCUGAACCCUCCGUGCCUGGAGUCGUUACGUGGUGAGCUCUUGUCCUUGAAGGCUCCUUGUGUCCAGCAGUGGUGUUACCUAACAGCUGCUGAUGUCAUCUCUGUGCACGAAGCUGAGAUAACAAUACUUCCUUAGAGCAGCUUUCUGCUGCUGGAGUGUUCUGGGGCUUUUAAAGUGAGCUACAUUCACUGUCCAAACUGGCAUAUACAUGGGGAAAAGCAAUUCGUUACUGCCUGCUGAUGGGCUGCAGUGUAGAAUUCACCAGGCCAGGCUGAGACAUGACAGAUGUAUCACCAGCUUUUGUCCUUCCAGCUUUUCUGUUCUGAUAGUUCAUGUAAGUGUUCAUUCAGGUUUAUUGUAACCUGCCUGAAACAGGUGCCCUGUGACAGGAAUGCCUGCUUGUUAACCACUUGAGCUAGAGGUCUAAAUGCUUGUUCUUUAAAUUAUGGCAUCUUCCUUUCUAAUAGUUUAUCUUACUGGAACAACCCCACCUUGUCACCAUUCAAUUGACUGAUUUAUAUUUGAUUUUGGUGAGCAUACACGAAUCUUGUAUUUAUCCAAACCUGUUUCAGCUACAAGUGGCUGAAUUUGUGCAUAAACAAGUGUAUCAUUAAUGUGUAAUCCAGUGUGAGAGUCUUUAAUUGGCUGGUCAUGGUGAAGAAUUAAUUGUUAAGCAAUUACUGCGACUCAGAGAUGCUGCUGAUUGGGUGAGGUGCACGUGAUGAGGCAACAGACCAACUGCUGGGGAAAUGCUUUGCUGUCAGAAAGUUGCUGGUAUUGAGGAAGGACAGGAAAGUUUUUCUUAGAGCCUUAAUGAGGAAGUGGCUGCAACCCUGGCAAAGCAGCAUGGAGAGCUUGGUGUGAAGAACUUGGUGUCUUCUCAUCUUAAUUCAGCCACAAGGGAGCCCUGGGAGGGAGGGCUGUCUUGGUGCUUUUGCCUUGUGUUUGUCAGUGUGUAAUGCCACUGGGUUUAGAUGUCAGCAGAGGAUUGGAAAGGAUCCGGUACAUCAGGGGUGCACCGUCAUCCGCUACACAGCUCCAUGGAGGAUGAUAUUCUUCUCUGAGAGCUUUGGCAUCAAAUCCCUCCAGACCCCAGCCAGGAGACUCCUGGAGCUGCUCUUUGACUACAGCAUUGAGAACAGGCCGGUGCUUUUCCAUGUUUUUAGCAAUGGUGGUGUCAUGCUCUACCGUUACAUCAUCGAGGCACUUCACACUCAGCAGCCCUUUAAGAAUCUCAGAGUUGCAGGCACUGUUUUUGAUAGUGCCCCUGGCAGAAGAAACUUGAGAGGAGCCCUUCGUGCCUUGGCGACUGUCCUGGCAUCCACAAACGUGCUGCUCAGGUACCUCCUUAUGCUCACUUUUGCUACCACAGUCGUCCUGCUGCGGAUCCUGCUGUACCCACUGACUCAGUUCAUCCACGAGAACCACUACGAUGCCCUGCUGAAGUCACCCUCCCGGUGGCCUGAGCUUUACCUCUACUCCCAGGCGGAUGCCAUCAUCAACGCGGGUGACGUUAAGCACAUGGCUGACGCACGGCAGCAGCUCGGGGUCUCCGUGAGAGCUGUAGACUUCACAGAUUCAGCUCACGUCAGCCAUCUGCGGCUGUAUCCCACCUACUACAGCACCCUCUGUACGACCUUCCUGUCUGACUGUAUCAAGGGCUUGUCUUCUUAGUGGUGUAAUAGCCUCCCUUGUUUGCCUCUGCUUUGCUCAGGUUGUGUGGGAGAUGCCAUCCCCUUUGCCUUUAUGUCACUGAAGGGAGGGAAGCAGAGACUUUGCGCUUUUUUCCCCCAUCAGUUACGAGUCUGAAAUCCUCCUUGAGCCAGCCACAAAGUAGAUCUGGAGUAACUUAAAGAACUGUAGGUGCUGAGAUCCAAGCCCUGAGGUGUCACGGACCAAAUCUGCUCAUGGAGCGUUGCUUGUUUCUCCUGUCUUGUGGUGUUCUCCGUGUCCAUGUGUCCUUGUCCAAUGUGCAUGUUGUUUCGUGCUGACUACGGUGCAGCUCUGCAGUCUGUGUUUCUUUUCCCUCUCCUCUUGGCGUUGUCUGGCUCCAUGGAAGCUCUAAGAGCAUCCAAAGCACUGAUUCCCUCGCCGUGGAGCCGACCUCAAAUGUUUGUGGUAACUUUUGUUGUUCCUGCACCAAAAAGAAAUGAAGUUCACCUUUAGGCUGUGCCUCG